AUGGACAUCGAAGCGUAUUUUGAAAGAAUUGGUUAUAAGAACUUUAGGAACAAAGUGGACCUGGAAACAUUAACUGACAUUCUUCAGCACCAGAUCCAGGCCAUUCCCUUUGAGAACCUUAACAUCCAUUGUGGGGAACCCAUGGAAUUGGGCUUGGAGGCUGUUUUUGAUCAACUUGUGAGGAAGAACCGGGGUGGGUGGUGUCUCCAGAUCAAUCAACUUCUGUACUGGGCUCUGACCACAAUGGGUUUUGAGACCACGAUGCUGGGAGGCAAUGUUUACAGCGUUUCAACUGAAAGAUACACCAGAGCUAUCAUGCACCCCCUGCUGAUGGUGACCAUGGGUGGCAGGAAGUACAUAGUUGAUGCUGGGUAUGGAAGCUCUUACCAGAUGAGGCAGCCUCUGGAGUUAAUUUCUGGGAAGGAUCAGCCUCAGGUGCCGUGCAUCUUCCGCUUGACAGAAGAGGGAGGAACGUGGUACCUGGACCAAAUCAGAAGAGAGCAGUACGUUCCAAACCAAGAAUUCCUUAAUUCUGAACUCCUGGAAAAGAACAAGUACAGAAAGAUCUUCGCCUUUACACUUGAACCUCGAACAAUUGAAGAUUUUGAGUCUCCGAAUUCAUACUUUCAGACAUCUCCAGCAUCUGCGUGUGUAAAAGACUCUUAUUGUGCCGUGCACACUCCAGAUGGUGUUUACUGCUUAGUGGGUUUUACUCUCAUGCAUCGAAGAUUCAGUUACAAGGAUAACAUGGAUCUGGUGGAGUUUAAGACACUGAAUGUGGAAGAAGUAGAGGAAGAGCUAAAAAAGAUAUUCAAUAUUUCCUUGGAGAAAAAGUUUGUGCCCAAACAUAGUGCAUCUUUUUUUACCAUUUAG